GCUGCUGAACGCAGCUGUCAAAGCUUUCGUAGCAAAUUGCUCCCUCGGUCACAAUCGCAGUUUUUUCGAGACGACGACGAAGCAGUAACUGCGCGCUGGUCCUAACUUUUCGUUUGCAGUUUGCUAUUACAACACCGCUAGCAAGAUGGCUCUCAGCGAUGCCGAUGUCCAGAAACAGAUCAAGCACAUGAUGGCCUUCAUCGAGCAGGAGGCCAACGAGAAGGCGGAAGAGAUCGAUGCGAAAGCCGAGGAAGAGUUCAACAUCGAGAAGGGCCGCCUGGUGCAGCAGCAGCGCCUGAAGAUCAUGGAGUACUACGAAAAGAAGGAAAAGCAGGUCGAGCUGCAGAAGAAGAUCCAGUCUUCGAACAUGCUGAACCAGGCCCGCUUGAAGGUGCUGAAAGUGCGCGAGGACCAUGUAUCCAACGUGCUCGAUGAAUGCCGUCGUCGUCUCGGCGAAGUGACGAAGGAUCCCGCCCGCUACGGCGAGAUCCUGACUGCCCUCAUCACUCAGGGAUUGCUACAGCUGAUGGAGGCCAAGGUCCUCAUCCGUGGCCGUCAGGCGGACGCUCAGGUUAUCCAGAACGCACUGCCGGCAGCUGUAGAGCUGUACAAGUCCAAGUGCGGCCGUGACGUGGUGGUCACGCUCGAUACGGAAAAUUUCCUACCGGCCGACGCGACUGGCGGAGUUGACCUGUUGGCACAGUCGGGACGCAUCAAGGUGGCCAACACUCUUGAGUCGCGAUUGGAGUUGAUUGCCCAGCAGUUGGUGCCGGAGAUCCGUAAUGCGCUGUUCGGUCGCAACAUGAACCGCAAGUUCAACGACUAAAUAGAGCACAAUCCUGGCUGAUGUGUGCUGCUCGCUGUGGUAGCAGAACGUAUGGCCGCCAUCAUCGCAACAACGCAACGGCUGCGAUGAUGGAAGGGCUACACCCAGAACGCACGUAAAAUCACCAUCCAUUCUUACAUAGAUAUCCUUGUUUCCGCAUGCAAAUAGCAGGUUCUAUAACCGUUACUUAUACUUACCCUGUCCGUCAGCAGCAAUCGCAGAAAGGUCGUUUAGCAUGGUUACUGUAACAUCGUAGUUGAAAGUUAAGCCUCACCCAUCCUUCGCUCUCCGAAGCGACCGUAGAAGCGAACGAUCGAAUGACCCCAACAUCUCCGCCCCCAUUUGCGCCCUAACAUCAUGCGUGUACGAAGGUGUUCUUUUCGCCCCUCCUGGAAGGGAAAAUACUUAAUUAUAAUGGUUGAAUCUUGCGCAUUUUUUUUUUUUUUAUGCUGAUGCCGAUACCAUCUAGGCAUUAUCAGCAUCUGUUCGGUCCAUCUUGAACAGCGAAAGAACCCACCCUCUUGCACUGCACUGGCAGCAAGGGGGGCACAUUGGAUCGGGAAUACUGUCCCACAAUAAUUCCACGUCUUCUUAACGGUCGGCUACAUUUCGGAAAGUGGGUGCACAGUGGCAAUUGUGUACCGCUGCUUUCAAGUUAAACGCAAUUUACGUCCCUACUAGAAUACGCAUGUUUUGUUUUCUGUACGCACAAACAGAUGCAAAACAUAUACAAUCACAAACGUUAAUGCAGAAUUAUAGGAUCUAAGUUUUAUCGGAAACACAUCGUUCGUGAAAAAAAAAAUUGUUGCUACAUAUUAUAAUUGUUUUUAAAUGAUGUUUUGUUUAUUUCCAUUUUCUUAUUAUCCCUGUUUAUCUGCGCACCACCUUCACACCCACACACGCACUUUCUCGCUUGGUAAUGGUUUAUUACGAAGUAGAACUCAAACUUUCACAUUGCGAUUGUUCGCUGUGAAUGGUGCAGUUCCGGAAAUGUCGUAGGUGUCGCAGUAUUUUUGAUCUAUCUAUGUAUGUUGCAAAUAAUUUCCCUACAAAAAUAUGAUAAUAUUUUUCCAUCGUAAGCUUUUAAGUAAAUCCCACGUCUUUGCUCUAGCGGCGUUUGUGUAGGGUGCCAUGAGAUGUAUACGUUGGCCAACGUUUCCUUCCUAUUUUUGUUUUCUUUCUUGGUGGUAAGAAGUGUGACACACUUUACUAGAAGAAGGAACGUAGGACAAGAAUAUCCAAACCAUCAUGCGAGCGUAUUUGCUAAAUACUGAAACAAAUCGUUAAAAUACAUUCCUUUAGAAAAGAUCAAUACUAAUAGCAGUAGCGGCACGAUUGUUUCAACAACACUCGAUUUCGGCAACCAACACACGGUAACAACAUCUUUCAGUGUGGCCUCUUUCGCUUUUCUUUCACGCCAGCAAGUCACAUUUUCGGUAGAAAAAGUAAAAGUAAUUGUAAUGUAUGAUAUUGCUCCAUUAGACAGACAACCAUCUAACAGGUCGUGGCCCGUGGUUCAAUCCGGUGCACUGCAUACGUCUCCUUACCGCCAGCAUCUUGCUUUGCGAACACCAAAAUGUGGCUGAAGCUUUUGCUGAUCGUUCGAAGCAAUGGUAUGGAAAUCUGUGUAAUGUUCGGUUGAACGCGGAAAAUCACGAUCCCAGGGAGCGUUCAAUGAAGUUAAUCGUUUUGUAACGGUGUGCGUGCGUGUGCAGCCAAGAUCCAUGUGAGUCUGUCGUAAAAGAACAAAAUAUAUAUAAGUGUGUCUUGAAGAAAACA